AUGUUAGACCUCGGCAUCGUACGACCGUCAUCCAGUCCUUCCGCUUCCCCACUCCAUAUGGUACCUAAGACACUAUCAGGGACACACACACACACAUACAUACACACUUUCUCUCUCUCUCUCUCUUUCUUUCUUUCUUUCUCUCUUUCUUUCUUUCUCUCUAUCUAUCUAUCUAUCUAUCUAUCUCUUCUUUUAUACCUUUUUCAUAGGACAGACUGUAUAUCUCGACUUCUCCCCCUUUUUAUCCAUUUCUCUCAAUUUCUUUCUGAUCGCUUUCUUACUUCAUUUCUUUUCUUAAAUUCUCUCGCUCUCUUUUCACUUAAUUCUUUUCUUUCUUUCUUUCUUUUUUUCUUUUUAAUUUUCUCUCUUUUUCUGCAUAUUUUUCGUCACUCCAUCCUCUUUCUGUUUAAUGUCUGUACGUUCUUUCUUUCUUUUUUAUUUCAUUCCACCACCACCACCUCCACCUCACUUUUUACACAUUUACUUCGACCUUCUCAUUUUUACUUCUCCCAUUCUCAAGUAGUCUUUCUUUCUUUUUACUUCUUCUUUUUUACUUUACUAAAUUUCAUUUUUAUCCUUCCUUUUUCGUCAUAUUAA